GUUUGUGCAUCCUCUGCUUUUCCUUUUAACUACCGUUUUAGUUAUACUCGAUGAUACAAAAAAAAUCUGAUCAAAUUGACCGCCGGAUGUUUUCGUUUCCGGCUGUUCAUCCUUGCGAAUCAGUUUCUCCGGGGACCCUUCUCCGCUCAUUAAUUAUUCUUUCUCAGAAUAUCAGUAAUUACCAGUCAAAAUCCUUUUCUACUCAAAGAAGAAAUGCACGGGAAGCGAUUCGACAAAUUGGGAUACUCCUCGUGUUUCUCGAGGAGAUUCACGAUCGCGGUUUAGUUGUUUCCGAGUCGGCUGUGCUUUGCUUCUCUGAGCUUCAUCUUACUUUCCAGAAAAUUAACUUCUUGUUGGAGGAUUGCUGUCGAGAAGGAGCCAGCCUAUGGAUUUUAAUGAAGUCGGAGAUGGUGGCCACUCAAUUUCGAGUGCUAAUUAGAACUGUUGCUACAGCGCUAGAUGUUUUGCCAUUGGAUUCGAUUGAUGUUUGUGCCGAAGUGAAGGAAUUGGUGGAGUUGGUAGCGAAGCAGGCACGGAAGGCGAAAAUCGAGAUCGAUCCUCAUGGUGAAAGAGCCACGAGACGAGUUCUUUCCUUUUUGGAUCGGUUCGAGAAGGGAAUCGAACCCGAGUUUCAAAUUUUAAAACGGGUUCUUGAUUAUCUUGAGAUCAGAACCUGGAGCGAUUGCAACAAGGAAGUCAAAUUCUUGGAAGAACAAUGCGUUGAAGGUGAGGAAAGAGAAGUACCAUUUCUAAGUAGUUUGCUGGGGUUCAUGUGUUAUUGCCGGGGAUGGAUGUUCGAUACAUUGGAUGGUCAAAAUGCCGAUCAAACUGACGUACAAUGCAACAUGGAGAUUCUUAGUUGCUUGAACCCCGAAGAUUUUCGCUGCCCGAUAUCGCUGGAACUAAUGAUCGAUCCGGUCACUGUCUCCACUGGACAAACAUACGAUCGGUCUUCCAUACAAAAAUGGUUGAAAGCAGGGCAUACCAUUUGUCCGAAAACAGGGGAGAAACUAGCGAGCACCGAAUUGGUCCCGAACACAAAUCUCCGCAAGCUAAUCCAUCAGUUUUGUGCUGAUAAUGGGGUAUCUCUCGCCAAAAAAGGAAAGAAAAACAGCGACAUAUCGACGACAAUCGUUCCCGGGAGUCCGGCGGCCGCGGAGGCAUUGAGGUUUCUGUCAAAACUCCUAGUGAGAAAGCUGAUUUUUGGACCCAGUGAGCAGAAAAACAAGGCCGCUUACGAGAUUCGUCUGCUUGCGAAAUCGAACAUUUAUAACAGGUCUUGCUUGAUUGAAGCUGGCACGAUCCCGCCUCUUUUGAACCUUUUGUAUUCUUUCAAUAAGUCCAUACAAGAGAAUGCAGUUGCAGCUUUGUUGAAGCUUUCAAAGCAUGCCAGUGGGAAGAAAGUGAUAGUUGAAAGUGGGGGAUUGAGGUCGAUUCUUGCAGUUCUGAAGAUGGGAAUGAGUUUGGAAGCCAGGCAAAUAGCUGCUGCAACAAUAUUUUACCUUUCUUCAGUGAAAGGGUAUAGGAAAUUGAUUGGGGAAAUGGAUGAGGCAAUCCCAGCACUUGUGGAUCUCAUCAAGGAAGGUACGCCUUGUGGGAGAAAAAACGCAGUGGUAGCUCUGUUUGGACUCAUUUUAUAUCCUGGAAACCGUCGAAGGGUCAUCGAUGCCGGAACCAUCCCAUUGCUCCUGGAUAUCCUUGCUUCAUCAGACAAGCACGAGCUCAUUACAGAUUCAGUAGCGCUUCUCGCGAGCUUGGCAGAGAGUUUCGCGAUUCUCCGGGCUUCAUCUUUGCCUCUAAUAACAAGGAUUUUGCAAUCUUCAACAUCUCAAGCGGCAAAGGAGCAUUGUGUUUCCAUCUUACUGUGUUGCUGUAACAGUGAUGAUGACGAGGCCAUCGCUGUAUUGGCUAAGGAUCCUUUGGUUAUGAACUCCCUGUACUCGCUCACGACAGAUGGCACAACUAAGGCGAGCAAGAAAGCUCGCUCACUGAUCAAGAUUCUUCACAAGUUCCAUGAAACAAGCUCAUCUAGACAAGGGUGUCAAGCAUUUACACAUGAACAGUCAGUUCAUGUUUGGUAACAGUGAUCAAGGAUUGUUUUCGUUUUGUACUUGUAAAUAUAUACUUACAGUCGUUAUGAUUUGAAUUUCGAGACAUUAGCUCAGUUUUUGCAGGAGCUAAUGACUACAUCUCUAUCAUUAUCGCAGUUACUUUUACUAUGAAGUG